AUGUCUGUUACGUACACUGACAGCCCUAACCCGGCGGCCUCCAUUGCCAAGGAGAGAGCCCAAACCAGCUUUGACAUCGACACGAUGAAUGAGUUUUUGGAGGGCGGUAGUAACCAGGCAGCCUUGGUCAAGAGCCUCUACCUUCAGUUCGAACGCGACCCGAUUCUCACCACCUCCACUGCCGUGUACGACCUUACCAAGGAUCAGAAGCGCGAGCUCACUGCCAAAAAGAUUGCACGCGUGGCACAGUAUUUAGAGGCCGACACCCCGACAACAUUUGCUAAGCGAUUGCAUUUAAUCCACACCGUCGACCCCCAGGUGGGAACCCGGAUUGCCGUCAAUUUGGGCUUGUUUGUCAACUGUAUCCGCGGAAACGGUACCGACGAGCAGUUCAAGUACUGGGUCCUCACCCAGGGUGCCUCCCAGAUGAAGGGCAUCUACGGGUGUUUUGGGAUGACCGAACUUGCGCACGGCUCUAACGUUGCCGGAUUAGAAACUACCGCAACUUUUGACGUUGAAACCGAUGAGUUUGUCAUCAACACGCCUCAUGUGGGGGCUACUAAGUGGUGGAUUGGCGGUGCCGCGCACUCCUCCUCGCACUGCGCCACCUACGCCCGUUUAAUCGUUAAAGGCGUGGACCACGGGGUCAAGACCUUUGUGGUGCCGUUGAGAGACGCCAACCACGACUUGAUGCCGGGUGUCUCUGUUGGUGAUAUCGGGGCGAAGAUGGGUAGAGACGGUGUGGACAACGGUUGGAUCCAGUUUAGUAAUGUACGCAUUCCCCAUGCCUUCAUGUUAUCUAGGUAUGACCGAGUUUGCCGCGACGGAACUGUGCAUAGCGCUCCCUUGGCCCAGUUGGCAUACUCGGCGCUUUUGGACGGCAGAGUUACGAUGGUGUACAACUCUUUCAGAUUCGGCUCCCGUUUCAUCACUAUUGCGUUGCGUUACGCUGUCGCCAGAAGACAGUUCGGGAAGAGCUCCGAUGGUUUGGGUGGCGAGGAGCAGUUGUUGAAUUACCCUUUGCACCAGAACAGAUUGAUGCCUUACUUGGCAUCUAUCUACGCCAUGUCUGCCACAGGUGACAAAAUGAACUGGUACUUGAAGGAUAUUAUUAACGGCUUGGAAGCUUCCGUGAGGACCGCUGAUAUGUCUCAGAUUGGUGCAGCGAUUGAUGAUAUGAAAAGUUUGUUUGUGAUCUCUGCCAGCUUGAAGUCCACCUGUACCUGGUUGACUUCCUCCUUGAUCGACGAGUGCAGACAGGCGUGCGGGGGACAUGGCUACUCUGCCUACUCCGGGUUCGGCCAAGGAUACUCCGACUGGGCCGUUCAGUGCACCUGGGAGGGGGACAACAACGUCUUGGCCAUGUCUGCCGGUAAGGCCAUCGUGCAGCACGUGCAGAAGGUGCUCAAGGGCAAGAAGGUUUCGGGCGAGUUUGCCUUCUUGAAUAGCUACAAGGCUGACGAAACAUCUGAGGUAUUGAAGGGCCCUGUUGGGAACUUGACCACCUUGUUGGCGACGUUCCAGACCUUGGUCGGGAGAUUGUCUGGCCACGCCAACGAGAUCUUGGGACAUUCCAGUGGUUCCUGGGAGGUCAUUUCCGUCCACCAGGUCAACAUUUCCAAGAUCUUUGCCCACACCUACAUCUUGAGCACCUUUACCAAGAGAAUUGCCGAGGUAUCCGACUUUGCCAUCAAUAUCCAGUUGACCCAGUUGGCCCAGUUAUACGCGUUGUCCACUUUGUCCCAGUACUCCUCGUUGUUCCUCCAGUACAAUGUGCUUGCUGCCUCCACUUUGGCUAAGGUCCAGGCCGAGGUUGGGAAUUUGAACGCCAGAAUUAGACCACAGGUUGUGGGUUUAACCGAUUCUUUCAUGAUGCCGGACUUUGCCAUCAACUCUGCGUUGGGCUCUAAGGCAGGUGAUAUCUACGAGAGCUAUUUCAAUUUGGUCAAGAAUCAAAACGAUCCGUCUGUAACCAAGGCGCCGUACUCCGCUGUUUUGGAAAAGAUGUUGAACAGGCAGGACCUUGAAGUCAGAGAGAGAAGUGAACGCACGGAACAAGUUUUGAGGAUCUUAGGCAGCACCGAUGAAUAG